CUUAUCCUCUCUCUCUCUCUCUCUCUCUUUCUCAGUAUCUGUCUUCCUUCUUGUCAUCGAUCUUCACAGGCGUACGUUUGAAUUGGGUGCUCUGCAACUUCCUCAAUACUUGGAUCCCCCCUCUCUCUCUCUCUCUCUCCGUCGACUAUUUAGUCCAUCUCUCUUUCUCGUUCGAACCAACAAGUCGCAGUGUUUUGAUCUCCCCUUGGUAAAUUUCGCUGCACAUAUGUCUCCGUGCUUGGGUGUCCUUCAAACUCCAUGAGAGAGGAAUUAAAUACUGUGAUCCCUCUCUCUCUCUCUCUUCCGGCACUUCACCAAAUUCUGAGUUGGGUGUCCUACCAAACUGCAUAAAAUAGGACCAUCCAUAACUCUUCCUUUCGGGGAUCUCUCUCCCACUCCAACUCUUCAGCCCCAUGCACAUCAACGCUUGAAUCUUGGGUGCUCUACGGACAUCUAGAAAAAUGGAGGUCGAAGCUUGAGUCUCCCUUGGGAUCCUUCAUCUGCCACUCUUUGAGCCAUAAAAGCAUUUAUAAUUGCUUGUUCUUGGAAGCGAUUCAGAGGUGUACUGAGUUUGUGGUGCUCCCCGCCCCCCCCCCCCCCCCCGUCGCUUCCCCACCACCUUAUCGGACCUCUGGCUCACAGACCAUAAAGCCGGUAGCAUGGUGUGAUCCGACAUGGAGGGCGAAGCAGGCGGCCCCCGACGGCCAAACUUCCCUCUCCAGCUGCUCGAGAAGAAGGAAGAGGACUCGUGCUCCAGCUCCGGUUACCCCUCGCUUGCUAUCUCCUCCGGCGGCGGCGGCUGCAGCCAUGAUCCUGCCGCCAAUCCUGCUAGAAAGCCGCCGCCUAAGCGGAGUUCCACGAAGGACCGGCACACCAAGGUCGACGGCCGCGGUCGCCGCAUCCGAAUGCCGGCCUUGUGCGCCGCGCGCGUGUUCCAGCUGACGCGCGAGCUCGGCCACAAGUCCGAUGGCGAGACCAUCGAGUGGCUCCUGCAGCAGGCCGAGCCGGCGGUGAUUGCGGCCACCGGCACCGGCACCAUCCCUGCCAACUUCACGUCCCUCAACAUCUCCCUCCGCAGCUCCGGGUCCAGCAUCUCGGCUCCUUCCCACCUCCGAGCGGCGAAUUACUUCAACACCGCGGCCACUGCACUCGCCGGCCAGCCCCUCAGCAGGUUGCACAACGAGUGGGACUUCAGCGGCGGCCCCGGUUUCUCCUCCGAGGGGCCAUCGUCAGCGUCUUCGGCAUCCAUGCUUCUCAACUUCAAUUCCGGUAGCAUCGGGCUCGAGGGCUCAUCGGACGCCGACAUCGGGAGCAUAAGGAAGCGCAGGUGGGAGUCGGAGAUUCACCACCAACAGCAGCAAGCGCAGCAUCAGAUGGCAGGGUAUAGCCAGGCGAGCCACGGCGGCCGGAUGCCGGGAACGGUGUGGAUGGUGACAAACCCUAACACACAAGGCAUGCUCGGCGGCGGGCGCAGUGGAAGCGGCGGUGAGUCAAUUUGGACGUUCCCUCAGCUGGGCGGCAGCACCAGCCCCACCAUGUUCAGAGGAUCCCUCUCCAGCGGGCUUCAUUUCAUGAACUUCCCCACUCCCAUGGCCCUGCUGCCCGGCCAACAGCUCGGGUUGGGCUCCAGCACCGGCGGCGGCGAGGGUCACAUGGGGAUCCUCGCAGCUCUCAACGCGUAUCGGCCGCCGCCCACCACCUCCGAAGCCGCGCCGUCACAGUCCCAGCAAGCACUCGGGGGGAGCCAGCGGCACGACACGUUGAACACCAGCGAUUCUUAGUCCUCCCAACUCUCCAUGAAUUCAUGUCUUCUUCUUCGUCUUCUGCCGCUUCUUAAUCUUUUGCUUUUCCCUCUCAUCAUCGGUUGAUUAUCGUAUUUGUUCUGAUGACAACAUUUCGCGUGAUACCAAUGCAAGCCAUCGUUUUGUGUGACU